AUGGUAUCGACGGUGGAGUUUUUCGUGGAGGACUUGGUUUGCCCAACGAUCAUCGGCGUAGGCCCCCAAGAGCGACUAGAAAAACAGGACGUUGUCGUCAACUUCAAAAUUCAAAAUGCGGUGGAGGCUAUGGUCAUCGAUCCACCGGACCUACGCGAUCUAGUCAAGCAGGUCUUCGAGAUGGUACAGGACUCUACCUACCUCACGCUGGAAGCCCUAUCCUCUGCAAUCGCCAAAGACAUUUUGAUGAUCCUCGCGUACGGGAAGACGCCAGUGAAGGUCACCGUCAGCGCUUCCAAACCCCACGCUCUACCCCUCGCCAAAAGCUCAGAAGUCGUCAUCACGCGCACCCUAGAAGACUACGAACAUCUUCAUCAUGUCGACCACCGCACCGUUCCUCGGACUAUGACGGUGGCUCCGAGUACCGUUCACAAAGUUGUUUUGGCUCUGGGAUCCAACCUCGGUGAUCGAUUCAAGAAUAUCGAGUCGGCACUCCGUCUUUUGGAAAUCCCGGGAGAAGUGCUCAAAGAACAUAAACCGGUUGAUGGUGAUAAGGCAGAGGCAAUGAAGGUGGACGUCGUGGACACGUCUUUCUUGUAUGAAACUGCCCCCAUGUACUUCACCGACCAGCCGGCUUUUAUCAACGGUGCUUGUGUGAUAGAAACCAAUCUAUCACCGUUGACGCUACUUCUCUUGGUCAAGACUAUUGAAACUAUCGUAGGACGCGUCCCGAGUGUCAGGAACGGCCCUCGAGCGGUGGAUCUGGAUAUCAUUCUAUACGACAACGAUGUUUUCGAUACCCGACCUGUGGAAGACCGCAAGGACCUGGACAACCUGGAGGGGCAACUCGUGAUACCCCACCCUAGGUUGGCUGAACGAGAAUUCGUCCUUCGUCCCCUCAAUGACAUCGUCCCUGACUUGGUUCACCCUGUGUUGAAGAAGAGUAUCGCAAGGCUCCUCCAAGACCUCCAUAUAUCUCCUAGCGACCCGCCUAUGGAGAAAGUAAUACCUUUCCCUCGCUUACCACCGCGUCAAGAUACCGCCUUCGCCUACCCUAUCGAACAAGUUCCAGAUACCCUCACCCAUUGGAAAUACGGCAAAGCUGGAACAAAGGUCAUGGCGACGCUCAAUACAACUCCCGACUCCUUCUCAGACGGUUCAACCCACAAUGUCCUUCCUGCCGCUAUAUCCUAUGUCAAGGACUCUGUUACUGCCGGUGCGCGUAUCAUCGACAUUGGGGGGUACUCGACGCGUCCUGGUGCCGCGUUUGUCUCGGUUGACGAGGAGACCAAUCGGGUCGUUCCGUACGUGCAAGCAAUCCGAGAGCAAAACGGGCAAGAUCAAGUGGCGGACAUUCCUAUCAGCGUGGACACUUUCCGUUGGGAAGUGGCAGAAGCGGCUUUAGCAGCUGGUGCCAACUGCAUCAACGACGUUUAUUCGUUCACCGGACCCGACUCGUACCCCCAUUCCGAGAAAAAUAACCAGGAAGCGGAAGGGAUCAUGACGAAGAUGAAAGCGAUAGCACGUCGAGGGGACGCGGGUCAGAACAAGGAUUACAAGGUAUACGAGUAUGCUGGACCGAACGAGGCGGUUUUGGAGGGUGUCAGAGUCGAGUUGGGCGAGAAGGUGGAGAAGAUUGUGAAAGGCAAGGGUGGGGUGCGUAGAUGGUCUGUUAUUGUGGAUCCUGGGAUUGGGUUUAGCAAGACUUUGGAUGGGAACCUUGAGGUGCUGAGGCACGCCUCGCAAGUCGUUGAUGCGCCGUUUAUUGGACCUGAGGGCAACAAAAUGAAUCCCCUUUAUGGAUUCCCUCAACUUAUUGGUGUCUCGCGCAAGUCGUUCUUGGGUGCCAUCCUUGCUGAAGGACAACAUGGACGCAAAACGACACCAAAGGAGCGCGUGUUUGCGACUGCUGCUGCUGUCUCGUGUGCGGUUCAGCAGGUGCGCUUUUCCCUUCAUAAAAUGGUGUGUCCACCGCAAGAACUGCAGAGUGCUCAUACGCUUUGUGGAGCACGAGAUCCGCCGCCGGAAUAUGUGGAAGCCAUUAGCGCGAGACUACGGUACAACUCUAGGAACUGUUGCAAUGGCCAGUACAAUACUGCUGCGACGUGUCCUGCUUCCGAGAAUGCCUGUCCUCACUCCUACGCUUAUGCCUACGACGAAGGAAGCAGUACCGCCCUCUUCACGUGCCCCGGCAUCAGGAGGGCUGACUAUACCGUCACUUUCUGCCCUUAA